CGGGAAGCUAUCGUGAUUACUCGGCGGAGGGACACAACGUUCGAUUUCACUGGAUUUUUUAAAUGUUUAUAAACAUCCGCGACUAAAAUAUUGCUAAUAAAAGCUGCAGGCCAUGGACUCCCUCGAAUUUCGCAAGCGAGGAAGAGAAAUGAUAGAUUAUAUAGCGACCUACAUGGAAACUCUGUCCACCCGCCGGGUAACACCCGAAGUAGAACCUGGCUAUCUCAGACACCUGCUGCCUGCGUAUCCACCAAAAAAGGGAGAAAGCUUUGACAAGAUCAUGAAGGAUGUGGAAAGUGCCAUCAUGCCGGGGAUAACUCACUGGCAACACCCGAGCUUCCACGCUUACUUUCCAGCCGGAAACUCCUUCCCCUCCAUCUUAGGCGACAUGUUGUCUGACGUCAUCGGCUGCAUCGGCUUUUCAUGGGCAGCAAGUCCUGCUUGUACCGAGCUUGAAACCCUUGUUUGUGACUGGGUUGGUAAAAUGAUUGGUCUACCGAUGUUUCUUCAUGAGAGUGGAGAAGGAGGUGGCGUGAUUCAGGGUUCAGCAAGUGAAUGCGUUCUGGUGACGCUGCUGGCCGCUCGCCAUGCCGCCAUCAAACGCCUCAAAGUUCGACUACCCUUCGUGGAGGACGGGACGCUUCUGUCCAGACUCGUGGCCUAUUCAUCUAAAGUGGCCCACUCCUGCGUGGAGAAGGCGGGGUUCAUUGGCUUCGUCAAGAUGCGGCAGCUGGAGGUUGACGACGAUUUCUCGCUCAGAGGUCACGUGCUCGAGAACGCUAUUGAGGAAGAUCGUCGACUUGGGCUCAUUCCAUUUUACGUGUGCGCUACCCUGGGUACAACCGCGUGCUGCUCCUUUGACAACAUAGACGAGCUUGGCCAGGUGUGUGCACGUGAAAACCUUUGGCUGCACGUGGAUGCGGCCUACGCAGGGAACGCCCUCAUCUGCCCAGAGUACCAGCAUCUCAUCCACGGGGUCGAGAACUGCAACUCCCUCAACUUUAAUGCAAAUAAGUGGCUCCAAGUAAACUUUGACUGCUCUCUAAUGUGGGUACGUAAUGUGGAAACCCUGACUUCAGCCCUGACAGUGGAUCCCCUGUACCUCCAGCACAAACAUGGCAACCACACUAUUGAUCUCCGGCACUGGGGCAUCCCGCUCAGCCGCAGGUUCCGGGCCCUGAAACUGUGGUUUGUCAUCAGGACCUACGGCGUUGAGGGUCUGCAGACCAUCAUUCGACAGCAAACCAUUCUGGCCAAGACGUUUGAGGAAAAAGUCCUCGGUGAUGACCGAUUUGAAGUGCUCGGAAACGUCACCAUGGGGCUUGUAUGCUUUCGACUACAGGGUCCAAACUCGCUGUCCAUCAAACUGCUCAAAAUGAUCAACGAGUCUGGGAAGCUGCACAUGGUGCCCGCCCUUCUCAACGAGCUCUACGUCAUCCGGUUCGCCAUAUGCUCGCAAAGCGCGUCAGAGGCUGACGUGGAAUACGCGUGGGACGUCAUUUCCGCUUUCGCGAGCGAGCUUCUGGCCGGGCGGCGGGAGAGCGCGACCAACAGCGACCGCUUAAGCAAGGAGAGCGCCAGCGAGUCGGACGACGAGGUCUUCAACACGGACUUCGACGACGAGUUCAUCUUCGACCACCAGCGGUGUCACCUGCAGCGCGCCCACCUCAAGCGCAACUUCUUCUUCAAGAUGGUCUCGGAUCCCAAGUCGUACAACCCUCGCGUCCUGCGCUCGCUAAGCGGUCGGCAUCGCAGUCAUUCCGUUGGCAGCAGCAGUCCGGGGUCUGGGGAGGGUGCUUACAUCGGCCAGAAGCCAGUCGCCAACGGCGCUAUGUCAAACGGAACUCCUCCAUAAGCCAUUCCUCGGUAUUAAGGCUGACGGCAAAGGACUCGAGCUUUUCUGUAAACCUUAGGUCAGUGAUAGAUGCGAGAAAAAAAAAGCUACAAUGCCAGCGUGUGUAAACUGUAGGUGUGUGUAUUCACUUACGCUCACCAAAAUGUGCUGUCAAGCAACACACACACACACAAAACAGGGUAAACUCUUAGGUAAAUUUAUGUAAACCAGGGUAAACAAUUACUUUUCGCUGUCGAUAAUGUCAAGAUGGGGUAAGUCGUUCUGUGUAAUGUCAUGUAAUAUAAUUUAAUGUAGGAGUCGAUCGUCGAAAAAAAUGUAGCUAAAUCUAUGUUUUAUUAAAAAGAAAUUAGUAAACAUGCACACGCCAUUUAAUGCAGUCCCUCAAAGUAUAAUGUUUUCAGUCGGUGAGAAACGAUAUCAGCAGAACAUUUUCUUCAGCCUCAACUACUGCCUUCAGAAGCUUUCAAAAUAUUCUUUUCAUUUGAAAAAAAUCUCCAAACAUUUGAAAGUGCUAUUGCUAUGCAUGCAGGCUUACAAGAAUACAAAGAAACAUGCACACAUACAUUGUCUCCCGACUGCAGACAGAAAAGGAUGUACUCUAACAUCUCUACCUUUAACGAAUUCCAGCUAAUGAUUUAUGUACAGAUUCGUUUGUAAACGUUUUACAAAUGAUAAGCGAAUUGCUUUACUUAUAUAAUUAUUUACAGCCAGCUUUAUUAAUGUUUAUUUUCAGCAUAAUCUGCGAGUGAAUAUGUCUAUUCAAAUAACCUCACUUGUAGUGAUGUUCUGAAUAAUAAACCUGCAAGCUGAACAAAGUUUCAACAUCUGUUCGCAAGUAAGACUGUCUGAUUUUUUCCCCAUCAUAAAGGGAUCGAUUCCAGUUCAGUGUUCACUUUUAAGCUUUCUUUGCCAAUUAUUUGACAUCGGCUUACUAUGAAACACCACCUUCAUCAAAACAAGAAUUGAUACACUGUAAUUUUCCUAGACUGAAGAUAUUUAUGUAGUUUUCAGUGGUGCAAGAUGGAGCGAAAGGGGUGUUUCAAGAAAGCAGCCAUAAUGUACCACGGUAUAAAAAUCCAAUAACUACGGUUCUUUACAGUUCAGCGGGUGUUACCUACACGUUGAC